AGCAAAGCAAUGUGUAGCGUAAAGUCAGUGGCUGACUGAUUCAAAAAUAGUCGAUGGCGGCGUUUUCGGAAAUAAAGGCUCUACAGGAAGAGAGAAAAACACUUCUCUCUAUAGCCAGUGAGUUGAAUGCCCAGCUACAGAGAUUAAAGAUUGAAGAAUUAGCUCUGAUGAGUCUGGCAAAGUUAGAUGAGGAGAGGUCUCGGGCUGGAGAGGAAGGAUAUGCAGAAUUAACAGCUGUGGCUAAGUGCCAAUCACAGGGGGAUGAGAACACAGAAGAUAACACAGAGCUAGAAACUUUGGAUCUCUCUGUCACACAGACUCAAGACAUGCAAGUAGAAGAAGAAGAAGAAGAAGAGUCAGAAGAAGAGCCUGAUGAGUUGACAAUGUUCAUGAAUGAUUUAGCUCAUAGGACAACACAAGCGACAAGAUGGCGGCAGAGAAAGUUCGUUCCGAAGACAUUCCCGGAGAAAAAUGGGACCGAUGCCUUUCGGACACAGCAAUUAAAGUUGCAAGUGGUUUGGGUUUAGGAAUCGUGUUUUCUGUUGUCUUCUUCAGGAGGAGACCCUGGCCUGUUGGGUUUGGGGCUGGUGUGGGAUUAGGCAUGGGCUAUUCAAAUUGUCAGCAUGACUUUCAGAGUCCCUAUCUACUACAUGGUACCAGAAAGAAG